GGUGCUGCGGCCGGAGUAAAGCCUACAAGCUCAUGAAGCAGUUGAACACAUUGAGUGUUUCAGUUUGCUUUUAUAAAACGUGCUGCAGGUAUAGAUGAUCUAAACAGAUUAUUAGGGUUAAUAUUUCGACUGAAUCGAGUAGACUGACAAAGUGAUCAAUCAAACAUGACUGCCAACGAGGAGCGGAGGCUCAAGCCGUUGGAGUGAUGUGAAAGAUUUAACCUCAGCAUGAUGUGAAAAGCAGUUUUUCCCAGGAUACAUUGCAUGGACAAGCUUCAUCAUACGUCUCUGUGAGCAUCUCUACUUCCUGCGAAGGCUGAGGAAGGCUCAUCUUCCACCUUCCAUCCUGACCACCUUCUACAGAGGGACCAUCGAGAGCGUCCUGAGCAGCUGCAUCAUUGCCUGGUUUGGGAACUGCACCGUUUCGGAUUACACAAGACCCUUCAGCGGAUAUUGAGGACAGCUGAGAAGAUCAUCUGAGUCUCUCUUCCCUCUAUCACAGACAUUUACUCCACACGCUGCAUCCGCAAAGCCAACAGCAUUGUUGACGACCCCACACACCCCUCACAAACACACACACACACACACCCCUCACACGCACUCACACACUCUUCACCCUUCUGCCAUCCGGAGGUACCGGAGCAUUCGGACCCGCACAACCAGACUGUUGAACGGCUUCUUCCCUCAGGCAAUCAGAAGCAGCCAGCCAGUGGAUCGACUUAUUACACCUAAAAGAGCUGGAGGUUUUACACAGUCAGAGACGCCGCCUCCCUCUCCAGCUCCAUCUCCAUCUCCGUCUCGGGCUCCCUCUGUCAACAGUGAUUUUUCAACAGCCAAUGAUGAAACUGGGGCAGAUCCCGUCCCCCUGCCUGUCUUUCAAAAGUGAUCAGUCUAUGGAUGAAUCCCCGGGAUUCAGCAAUGAAAGCAUCACUCCAGACAUCAGCCUACCUGAGAAACAGGGAGAAAUUACUAUGACAGUCUGUUUUCUCAGCCAAGAAUGAGGAAAAUCACUGCUAUUCCCCUCUCAGAUGAAACUGGGGCAGAUCCCGUCCCCCUGCCUGUCUUUCAAAAGUGAUCAGUCUAUAGAUGAACCCCCGAGAUUCUGCAAUGAAAACAUCACUGCAUACAACAGGAAGAGGUUUAAAACUCGUCCUGAACUAAAGAUAAACAUCUCACUGGAUCACAUGCUGAAGCAGGCUGGAUUCAGUCCUGCACUUCCUGCUCAGAGCUACGCUGGACCUGGAGACAUGGCCUGUGAUCUCUGCACUGGAAAGAGGAGGAGAGCAGUGAAGUGGUGCCUGACCUGCAGUGUAGCGUACUGUGAGACCCAUGUGAGGAAGCACUACACUGUUGAAGCUCUGCAGAAACACAAGCUCACCGACGUGACGGGGGAUCCGGAGACGAGAACCUGCCAGCUGCACCACAGAGCUCUGGAGGCCUUCUGCAACACCGAUAAGGUCUUCAUUUGUCUUGUCUGUGUGAUGGAGGAACAUAAAGAUCACGACAUUGUCCUGGCCAAAGGUGGAAGUCAUGCAACUGAGGCAAAAUUAACACCAAAUCCACACUCAACAGCCAUCCAGAAUAGAGAGUGCAAGGCGGAGAUAAAGCGUCUCUUCAAACACAUUAAAGAGCUGACAGCAAAAGUCAAGAGCCUUGAGAGAGCAGAGUCCGAGUUGUCUCACCUGUCGAAACGUGUCUUUGGAGGACUUCAGGAUGGCCCGGAUUUUACCUCAGAGUUUGUGGAAGUUGCUGCACUGGGUCGCCAGUUGGAUCUUGGGAUGUUGUAUGACUGCUGCAGUGAUUCCUUCAGCUCUGAUAUCUAUUUGUGGGAAAAGAACCUAAUGUCCUCCAUGAAGUUGUCGAUCCCUCGACCCCAGACUGAUGUGAGGAUUUUAGAUGGAGAUUCUCUACAGGACAGACUUACAGCUUUAGACCUGAGCCUUCCUCUGAGGGCUAGUGUUGUAUCAGGGCUGGUGGAGAUGACUGGGGCUUCUGCAUUUAUUGAUCAUCCCGUUCAGACCGAGCUGCAGGACCGGGUCACUGUGCAUUACAGAACCUCCACCAGACUGGACAUGCUCAGUCAGGAACUGCUACAGGACAGAUUUCUCUCGGUGACCGGCUCGACCACGGCAACACAUGUGGUUGUAGCUGUGCUUUACGGAUCUCAGGCAUUUUUUGUCUUUGAUAGCAAGAAGGACAGAAACACUAAAAAGACAGACCUGAAAGACAUGAUCACGAAGAUGAUCGCUUCCUCUAGUCAGAUUGAUCUACUCUGUAGGCUCACUGAAACAGAAAAAACAGCUAACUAUAUUGAUGGAAAUGUUCUGCAACAUUCUGUAGGGAGGGCACUUCAGAAUGCAGGAGCAGUUCCUCUUAAAGUCUGGCUUUAUCCUCUGAAGAAUCUGAACCAAACAUCAGCUUGCAUUGUUAAAGACAUCAGUCAAGAUCAAUUAUAUAAAGCAGAGGACGUUCUGGCAAAACUAAAGAUGGACAUCAGCUUCUCUCAACAUCUGAUGUCUGUUGUUGGUGGUCAUGAUGUAUUUACACAGUUUCCAGCUUUAAAAGAAGCUCUGUCUGAGUUUUCUUCACUUCUGCAGCAGUACCAGUGCGAUUUUCAGAGAAGACUGGCCUCCUGUAUUAAGACCAUACGAAGCACAGGAGCAUUAGGGGAAAAGAAGAACUUGCGAGAUCUUCUGGACAGAAAUGACCAAUCUCCAUUCAGCUCACAGUGCAGGUAUCAGUGGCUCCAAAACAAAAAUGCUCAGGUUAGAGCUUUGAUCCAGUUCAGAUCUGAUAACAUCAGAAUCCUCAACAAUCAAAAUGACCUACAGAGCUUUGUCCAGCACUGCAAAGCAGACAAAGUGUGGGGUUUCAUUUUUACCUCACUGGAGGGAGAGGAUCCAUUUCUUUCAGCUCUGAGACAGCAAAAUACGGCCGGGUUAGGGUUAGUUUAAUAAUUUAAUUUAAUAAUUUAUUCUUAUUUCUCUGUAUUUAGUUAUUUUUUAUAUUUUUUAUUUUCAUUUUUUUCCCCUCUCCUUUCUCCAUUUCUCUUCCUUUGUAAAGCUGCUUUGAGACAAUGUUCAUUGUAAAAGGCGCUACACAAAAUGAAUUGAAUUGAAUAAACAAAGACACAUGGCACACGUAUAAACAAACCCUGUCAAACCACCCUCUGAUAUUCAGGCAGAAAACUGUCCAGCAGUCCACGACAUAUCCAUUGUGGAUAAUUAGUGCAAAAUUCAAUUCAAUUCAAUUCAAUUUUAUUUGUAUAGCACUUUUAACAAAGAGCAUUGUCUCAAAGCAGCUUUACAUGAGAAACAACAUAAAAAAACAACAAACAUAUAUGAACAGACAGACAGUCCUAGAUGUUAUCAAAUCAAUUCUUUUGCAUUCCAAACCAUUUACUUACUUUUAUAAUAAGUUAUAAUAAUAAGAUUGUUAUAAUAAUAAGAUAAUAAUCUUAAUAUAAUAUAAUAAUAAUAAUAUAAUAAUGUUAUAAUAAUAAGAUUAUGUUAUAAUAAUAAGAUAAUCUUAAUAUAAUAUAAUAAUAAUAAUAUAAUAAUGUUAUAAUAAUAAGAUUAUGUUAAGGUUUCCUAUUAUAUAUAUAUACACAUACACGCUUCACUUUAGAGGGAGACACUCGCUGAAAACUUCGUGGAAUUCAUGGUAUUCAUUGGGAAGAGUAACUUGGCGUAGAGUAACAGAAAAGCAAGAGUCAUUAUGGAGAAAAAAGGCAGGGAGUGAAUCUUUAUCUGCCAUCUUAAUAACUUCUACCUGAGAUGUGGUAGGCUUCUUGGGGCAGUGAAACACACGAUGACCAGGCUUUCCACAAACCGAAAACCAAAACUCGUAGUCAACUAGGGAAGACAAGGGUCACACACACACACAGCAAUCUUAUAAGAGAGAAUAAAGUCUUGGUACGCACUCUAAAGGGGAAUCGAUGCUGCAGGUAUAACAAAGAUAGGUUUAACAAAUGCUGUUUAAAUAGCCUAGAAACACCGGAAAUAAGUACACAAUGUUAAAACUCAUGAGUCGGGGGCUCUGCGUGUGCUGUUACACUAGAUCAUCACCCUUCUUUUUUCUUUUUUUGCUCGCUUAUUGUUUUUGCACUUUUUUCUUUGCACAUUUUGCAUUUUUUCGUUGCUCUGUUUGCACCUAGCUGUUUGCACCUUUUUUGUGUUUGAACUUUGUUGUAUGUAUGUUGUUGUAUGUGGUAUGUUUAUAGACAAGUUGUGGUUAGUGAUGACUUUAGACUAUGUCCACACGUAGCAGGGUAUUUCUAAAAACAGAGAUUUGUUGGACUUGUCCACACGACCUACGUGUUAAAAAUAUCUUUGUCCACAUGAAAACGCAAACGCUCUGUUAAGUACUGUCAGGAGCCUAGCCAAUCAGAAGCCUAGACCAAACUUUAUUACCGGUUCCGAUAGUUUAACAACAGUGGCGUGUCACAGAAAAGCGAUGCCCUUGACGUGAAAAUUUCAUUGUAGUACGUAGAAGUCCGAGCGGGUCUCGUCCAAAACCUCCAUCGCUGUGUGUGUUGUCCGAGUUUUGUAUGCAAUUAGCAGUGAGCUCCGUAUUACAUUCCCUCUCUCUGUUCAUGACUGUAAUGCGUGAGUAACUGCGUGUGUAUGUGCACGCAUGGAAAAAGUCCAGUAACAACGUUAACACAGUCAGUAGUUUACGCAAGUCUGCUAUUGCACAAAGUAUCUUCAUAAACAAUGCUGACAUCAAAUCAAGGAGACCGGCACACAAUGAUGUCAAUUUGUCAAAAUCUCCAUUUCCCCUGUCCACACAACACCACUGAAAACAGUGAGUUUUGGAAAAUAUUCACUUUGGAAUGAGUUUUCCAAAAGCUCUGUUUUCAAUGACCUCAAACUGCAUUGGACGAAAGGUCAAAACACAGAGAAAAAUCUCCCUUUUUAAAAAUACCCAACUAAAUGUGGACAUGGCCUUAGUUACAAGCUCACGUGUAUGGAAAAACGAAACAGGACACUUCACAGCUAUCCAGUUCUAAAUGCCUAAAAGUCAAAUUAAAUUCAAGUCAAGUAAAUUUUUACAGAAUAAAAUUUAUAAUGGCCCAAAUUA